AUGCGACGCAUGCCCCGCGCCGUCAGCUCGGUCUUCUCCCCUCCGGUGAUGUACCCCGCAUCCUCCAGCAGCUUGCGCAGGUUCUCCAGUUCGUCCCAAACCCGCCGGGCGUCGUCGCCCAGCAGUUCCGCCAGCUUCUCCGGGUCGAUGUCCGUGAGGUCGCCCGUGCGGAUGGCCUCCUGGAGCGCCGCCUCCAGCUGGUCCAGCUGCUGCAGGUCGCGCAUCAUCUGCAUCGCCUGCUCCAUGGACAGGCUGUCGUCCCCCAGGAACGGGUACUGGCGUCGCAGGUCGUCCAUGGGCAUCAGCUGUUCCAUCAGCGCCGCAAACUGCGCCAUCUCCCGUUGCGUCUCCGGGUCCAGGGCCUGCGCCAGCGCGUCCUCCAUCUCCUGCCGCGCCUCGGGGAGACAUGCUCUCCAGCAUCGACUGCAUCUGCGCCAGUUGCUGCUGCAGCAUCUCCAUCAGCUCGUCGAAGCUCUGCGGAGGGUUGUCGCCGAACAUCUGGCCCCAUUUGUCCAUGAAUCCGUCGAAGUCCGGCUCGCGGCCCUCCAGCCGGUCCCGCAUCAUCUGGUUGAUGUCCCGCAUCAUCUCCCGUGUGGCUUCCAUGUCCUCGGGAGACAUGUUCUGGAUCUGCUGCUGCAUUUGCUGGCCCAUGUUCUGCGCCAUCUGGCUCUUCAGCAUAUCCAGCAGUUCCUGGAACUUCUGCUGCGCCUCAGGAUCCAUGAAGUCGUACUCCAUGAGCUCCUUGAGUUGACUCCCCACGCCCUCCGGCAGGUUGUCCAGCUUGUCCAGGUUUCGGUUGGCCCGCUGCUCCAGCAGGUUGAACAGCGCCUCCUGCUGCUCCUGCUCGUCCUCCGGUGCCCCGUCCACUUGCUGACGCGCCUCGUCCAGCCGGUUCUGGAUGCCGCGACGCUCGGUGUCGAUAAUUUCCUGCAGCCGCUCCUUCAGGUCGUCCACCACCGAGUCCAUGUUGUGCUGCUGCAUCUGCUGACGGCGCCGUUCCUUCAGCUGCUCCAUAAGCUGCCGCAUCCCCGGCAUCUGCUCGCCAUCCCGGUUCUGCAUCCCCUGCCGGAGCAGGUCCCGCAGCGCCUGCAUGAUGUCGCCGUUGUUCAGGACAUCCUCAGACAGCAUGUCCAUCAGCUCGUCGGCAUCGAUAUCGAAGAUGUUUUGGGUUCCGUCCCACUUGGAGUACCGGUAAGUGCGAAAUAGCAUCACGUCCCCCAAAACAAAGGUGCAGGUGAAAUUACGGCGAUGAUACCCGCCGUCGAUAUCGAAGGCAACCGCGGGUGGAACGGGGUUAUGUCAAACCGGAGAGC